AUGGACGCCUUAGCCAAGGAACAGACUCACUAUCAGCGCGCAAUUGAUGAAGGCGUCGCGCGCGCCGACCGAUCAAUCAAUGAAGAGCGACAGCUAGCGGCACGCCGGCGCCACGAAGAGGCCGCCGAGGACGACGAGCUCCGAGUCCAGCUCAAGCCACACAAGUGCUCCUAUUGUCAAGCUUUCGUCAUCGAUGUGUCUGGCCCUCGAACAGAGAACGCUGGCAUGAUCUCGCCGAAGAUCGUGUACUUCAAGCAUGUCAACUAUGCACACGUCAGGAAGGGUGCGGAGGAGAAGUGCCCGCUUUGUGAGACAAUUGUUGCCCAGCUAGACCGAAACGACAGCUCAUUUGAGGACGACACUGAUGAGGAUCUGACUUGUUUUGCAUACUCAUAUGGCGGGCAAGGCGGGGAGUUUGAUGUUGACAGUUUGAGCGCAAUCUAUGUCGUCUCCUCAACACGCCUUUGGACGAAAUGGGCAAACAAGCAGUACCGAGAAAAUCUGAGCUAUGCUUGUUUCACUACUGAGCAGGAUCCGGCAGGGAUAUUCAAUACCACCAGGCCCAUUGUCAUAAACCCAGCUUCCGACGAGAGCUUUAAGCUCAUACGAAGCUGGUUGGCUGAAUGCCGGCACGGACACGACCUCUGUCAACACUUCAAGACCGAGUUCCGGCCUCUGAGACUCGUCCAGAUUUCAGAGACGAGCGAUGGCCUGCGCAUCCGGCUUUGCGAGGAUGCUGUUGGUCCGCCAGUUGAAUAUACCACGCUUUCCUACUGUUGGGGCGGGCCACAAGCCGCGCAAACUGAGACCUCAAACGUAUUGGCGCGCACGUCAGCGAUGGAUAUCAAAGCACUUCCACGCACUCUUAAAGACGCCAUUGAGGUGACGCAUCGCCUUCACAUCUCGUACAUAUGGAUCGACUCCCUAUGCAUCGUACAGGAUAGCCCGGAAGACAAAGCUCGCCAGAUAGCGCUCAUGCCACAGAUUUAUUCGAACGCAGCGCUGACUAUCAGCUCGACGCGCGCGCUUUAUGCCGAUGAGGGCUUCCUCAGACCCCGGAAACCUACUGACGAACCCGAUCACACAGUUUCGCUUCCCUACAUUCUACCCUCGACGGGCGAAAUGGGAGAACUCACCUUAUUCCGUGAGUCUGCGGUAUUGUCUGACAGUGCCUUGAUGGACCGUGGCUGGACAUUUCAAGAGCAUGCCUUAUCUCCGCGUAUCCUCGAUUUCGCUGGUGGGCAGACGAGAUGGCUUUGCAAGGAGUGGUACGUGGACGGAUGGCGCAAGCAUGAGACUCUGAACAAGAUUUGGCGUACUCGACAUCGGCUCUUAUUGAUGAUGUUGGGAAAAUUGACUAGCACGCAGCGCAUCUCCUUCACUUUCCCCGAGGCCUGUCACUUUUGGGAGAACGUGGUCGAGAUGUAUACACAACGAGCUUUGAGUGUGGCGACUGACCGGCCACUAGCCAUCGCUGGGCUUGCAGAAGUGUGCUGUGAUAAUAUCGGAUUCAGACACCAGUACGUCGCAGGUCUGUGGCGAAGUAUGUUUCCAUGGGCACUGUUCUGGUCGAUGCCAAACAGACAACGACGUCUGCCGCGGCCGACCAAGUAUCAAGGACCGAGCUGGAGCUGGACAGCUAUCAGUGGGGCUGUGCAUCAUGGACAAUGUGCGAAGCUAAAUGGCGGCAGGAUACAGGUCAAAGUAGUCGACUGCAGCACUGAGAUAGAGGUCGAAGAGGCUCCUUUCGGCGCUGUCAAAAGUGGUGCCUUGGUAGUGGAAGCGAGGACGCUGCCUGCGAAAUGGUUAAGGUCAGAUAAUGGCGCAGAAUCGAGGAGCCCGGGCGACUUUGAUGAGAUGGAACUGCUCGAUAGCCUAUCAGGAGACGGUGCGGUGGAAAUACGAAUGUGUCCUGACGCACACGAGGCGGAUUGGGACGAUCCUACGACGGCGAGUAUCGAUGUUGUCUUGGUCGAGGGCGGCUACGAGCCACCGGAGUUCUUAGACAGCCAUGGCGCGAUGGGAUUUGUCUUGAGGGAUCUGCGAGAUGGCUUCUACUCCCGGCUUGGGAUCUUUGAGACCAUGCCUGGCGCAAGAGCUCGCGACACGCGUAAAGACGGAGAUGCAAAAGCUGCCACCAAUUUGUGGCACAAGUAUCGAGCCAUCUUUGACGAGAGGGAUCAUGAGGUCUUGGUCAUUGUGUGA